UGAAGACAGAUGACGAGUUGUUCUUGAGCUGCUUUGAGCUUAAGAUGUUGUUUGGAUCUCAAAGGUUGAUUUCUUUCUAAUUUAGUUGAUGGUUUGUUUUUCUCUUCUGCUAUCAGUGUAUAAAGAAGUGUUUUAGAAGAAUAAAAAAGCCCCAGGAAACCCCCCGAAAGAACAGAGGAAUUAUAAAAACAGUGAAGAGAAAAUUGGAUAUUCCAUAAACAUCAUCAUCCAUUUCUAUCCAAAAGUGUGUCUCCCUCUUCUCUGUCUGUUUUUCUCUUUUUUUCCUCUUCUCCUUUUUUCUCUCUCUUGAUUCAGCUUCAAAAUGAUGAGCUCUAAUUCAAUGUUUUUAUUUGUUAACGUGAAACCAAAUCAACGAGAAAAUCUCAUGAGUCAAAGCAUGUAUGUUAUAUCACCUCGACGGAAAAAACAUCCCGAAUUAACUCCAGUUCCACCCAGAGAUCAGCGUGAUGGUUUACGUGGUGAUUAUUUUUCUUCUUUUAGUACAAGCCGAUCAAGAGACUCAAUAAAUUGUAAAUUAAAUGAUAUUGGUUCUAAUGAGGUAAAACUGACCGGACCAAAGAGAGCUGUCAGUAUGACUCGACUCGAUCAAUUGGCUAAGCCAAGACAACGAUAUCUAGAGGAAUCUCUUAGAUUAAGAAGUCUGGCAUCUUCUCGACUUGGUCCUUUAUCACCGACUCGGCCAACAUCAUCGAUGUCUGGCCUUUCAGAACAAUCGGCUAAUUCCUCUCUAGUUGUUAGGAGACCGAAGACUAGUCGUAAACCAAGGCCAUUCAGUAUAGCUGGUUGUGUUCCAGAUAAUCGUAGGUCAACUACAUACGAAGGUAGUGGACAGGUUAAUUAUAGAACACCUUUAAUUAAUAGAGAAAUGACCAGCUCUCUGAUAGUGACAUCAACCACCUCAGCAACUACACCACCAGGAUUAUCAUCAUCAACAGCUUCUUUAUCAUCAAGUGUUCAUCAGCAGAGGCCAAAUCGUGCACGAAGUGUAGGAUCUAAACAUCGUGCUCCACUUGAAGGAAUGGAUAAUAAAUUAAAUAAUAAUAACGAUAAUCUAGUUAAACCAGCACCUCCGCGUAAACCAGCACAUGUUAAAGCUGCUGCUGCCGCUCGUCGUAAUGCAAAUAAGACACCCUCGCAACAACAACAACAACAACAAGGUGCUAAUUUAUCAUUUGAAAAAGAAUCACCUAAUGCCAAUGAAAUGAAUGAAUUAAGUGAUAAAAGUUGUCCCAACACCACAACAAUAGUAAAGGAUAACUCUGUAAACAAGGAAAAGAUACCAACAAAUAAAGUUACCAUAAUCAACCUAAACUCAACCAGUAACAAUGUAAAAUCAUCUGAAGAGGAAUCUGAAGUGACUACAGAAAGUGAAACAUCAAUGAAUCAAGGAAGCUCAAUGGGAAGUAGUUGCUCUAUCAGCAAUAAGAAAGAAAUAAGCGAAGAAGAAUAUAAAAAGAUUUUGGCCGAGAAACGACGUUUGGCUAGAGAACAAGCUGAACGAGAAGCCGAAGCGGAAAGGAAACGUUUAGAAGAAGCUGCUCAAUUGGAAGCCGAAUUACUUGCAGCCGAAGAAGAAAGAAUGAGAGCCGAAGAAGAGGAGCAAAUUCGCCUUGCAGAAGAACACAGGAAAAUGCAAGAAGAGAAAUUACGCCAAGCCAUGGAAGAGCAAAGACGAAGAGAGGAAGAAGAACGAAAACGCCGUGAAGAGGAAUUACGGCUGAAACAAGAAAGAGAAGAACAAGAAAUUAAAGCUAAAGAGGAAGCUGAAAAAGCAAGACUUGAACUGGAGGAAAGGUUAAGAAAAGAUGAAGAGGAAAGGAUUCAGCGUAAAAAGAGAGUUGAAGCAAUAAUGAGUCGAACUCGUAAAGCUCAAGGAAAUAAGACAAAUUUUCCCAAUUCUGAUGGAUCUCGGACACCCGAUUCAAACGAUGCCAGUCCAGUCCGAAGUAUUGAUGAAUCAAAUGGAGUCUCAUUUAAUAAUAAUCAAGGAAUUUAUCUGGAUGUCCUUUGAAAAUAAAGAUGAAUUAGAAGACGCCAAAAAAGAAAACAAUUUAAAAACAAUCAAAUCAAUUAAGGAAAAAUAUUAAACAAAAACAAACGGAAAAAUACCAUCACCAUUAUCAUCAUCGACAUCAUUAAGAUUAUUAAUAUCACCAUCAUCCCAGAACCAUUAUGAUUAUACCACCAACAUGAAACCCCCAAGAAAACAACAACAACACUACAAGACACAAGAAGAAAUCAGCAACAAUUGACAAUUACAAUUAACAUGGAUUUUCCUUUGUUUUGUUUGGACCGAGAUAAUUUGAUCAAUUAUGUUUUCGGAUGAAACACUUACUAUUAGUUUCUCUCUGUCUCUUUACUAUCAUCUUUCUCUUUCUCUUUCUCUCCUCUGUCUCUUUUUAUUCUUUUGUUUUCAAAAUCAUCUUCUUAAUCCUCUU